CCCACCAGGCGAGACGCCCUUAUCCAUCCUCUCCUUCUCUUCUCGUCUUAUCCAUCCAUCUCCUCACACUCUUCCUCAUCGCCUGCUCAGAUCUAACCUGCGGCACCACCGACGCCAAGCUCAACAUGGAAGCCACGAAGGCUGCUGCCGAUUGACUCUUCCACACGAUCCACGUUUUCUCUGCCGACCUGACAAGCGCCCCUUCUCCCACCGGUCAACAUCGUCUUUCUCGGCAGGGUCAAAUCCUUCUUGCCAUGGAUGACAACUUAUUCGUGCCUCUGCUCCCAAAGCUUGCAGCAACACUGGUCACCAUCAGCAGGAAGCACAUGCUGCAGUUAUCCGUAAAUGCCCUUAGAGUUACAGCAAGCCAAUCAGUACACUAUGACGAAGAUGAUGGCAGUUUCUUUGCCACUGUUGAAAUACAUGUUCCAGCACAUGAAAACAUUCCUCAGUUUAAAACAACCAUAUUUGCUGGACACAACUGCCAAACAACAAACGCCGCUCAUGAAUCAGUGAGUACUGCUGCUCUGCAUUACAUGCAGCAAGCAGGCAUUCUAAUUAUCGAUGACCUGAAUUUCCCUGAGCUUCAAAAGUGCAAAAAAGAGGUGGUCAGAGCCAAGUCAUGGUCAGACAUAUUUGGGCAUGAAACAGUCAAGCUAAAGAGAAAAAUAGGUUCCUUAGAGAGGGAAUUAGCAUCUCUUAAAGAGAACAGUGUUGUUCAUAAGCCAAUCCAGCAACCCCAGGCAACAGAAGAGCCAGACCAACAGCCCUCAGCUGCAUUGCAAAUGUCAACACCGCCUACUGAACAACAGUUUAUACAGCCUAUUCCAGUUGCAGACAUGGUGUCAAUACCACCAUAUGAACAUCAUUGCACUGAACUUUUCACUGUUGCCAAUAAGGUCAGUUAUUUCCCCUUUUCAGCUAAUCUAUAUGCAUGCUGCAAGUGCGCUUUCAAUACCUGUGUAAUAACAUGUCCUGACCAUGUGCAGCCCAAAGAGAACAACAAAGGCGAUGGCCCCUUCCUGUCAGCUACAACAUCAGCUCAUAAAUUACCUUCUUCUAGUGCCAGAACUCUAACAAGAAAGCAUGGCGUUGGUGCAAGAAGGACUUUGUUUGCCACCAAGGAAAAAGCCACCAAUGCUUAGAUGCCAAGGGAUCAAUUAGCAACAACACAAGUUCUAUUAGCUCGUGUAGUAUAUGUUGGAACUCUUGGUUGUACGCUUUUGAGUAGCCUAUAUGAGCUAACAAACAAAACACCUCUUCUAUAUCAAUGUAUUAUACUUUCAUGAUUUCAUCUACUAAAAAUGCUUCUACAAUCU